AUGCUCCUUGUGGGCCAUAUAUGGCAUUUUAAUCAGCACUAUUAAUGCUAUGAUAUUUAUGACGAAAUAAUAAACCCAUUAAUUACAAGGGUUAUAAUAAUACUCAUAGUUGUCAUUAGAUGAUGAGUUGGAAUGAGCUUGUCCAUUCUUGCUGUCCACGUGGCGAGCUCAGCAGUCAUUGUCAUGCCAUUUGGAAUUAGAUGACUUAAUAACUAUUAAAAUUAAUCGUUAUGAAUGCCCAACUGCGUUAUAUUCGUACAUCUUAACUUUCAUAUCAUAUUCCAAGUCGAGUGUGGGUCUCGAAAAAAAUUAAAAUUUUAUUUUAUUUCUUAAAUAAAACUAUUUAAUGAAAGCGCCAGUAUAUUUGAAUUUCUGACGUAAGAUUAUUGAAUUAUAAUAAAUCCAUUUUAAAAAAAGAAUGUACUAUCUUCAACAAAUAAUUAGGGUCAAGUUUCUAAAAAUAGAAAAUUGGAAGCUGUAAAAUAAAUCCACGUACCCCCCUCUUGACUAAUAAGAAAUCAAAUGGGCAGCUAACCUAAACUCUGCUAGAGAGGACCAAUUCGAUAAAUGUCGAGACCGACCGAUGAACAGAAAAGCUCCACAAUUCCAGCUGGAAAAUGUUUUUUUUUCUGGUCUGGAUGGUCUCAGUAUGUAAUUUUGCCAGGUAUUAAGUAGAAGACCCCAUAAAGCUGCCUGUUCAUGGCUCAGGUGACCCCCCCACUUGGCUCGAUGAUCAUGGGAUGUCUCCGUCCACCUCCUCGCACCCACUCGUGUGCCGCAGCGUUGCAUGUGGUCCACGGGGAGCCAUCACAUCAGCUAAGCUGGCGGCUCUUCGUUUGUAUGGGCCGCCACGGCACCGAGACGUACGCGCUCGUACGAGGCAGCUCAGACAGGUAGGGUGCCGCCGCAACCUCGAAGGCCCCGCGACCCUCGGCGGCCACCACGCGUCGAAAUUAUAAGAAGGGUAGCGAGCGGCGUGUAAAGACGGUGUGGGGGUGGGGGGGUGCUAAAAAAGCGAACUCCGCGUGGAAAAUAUCCCGAAAAUAUCUGCCUAAGUUACCACCGCUCGUAUUCAUUGCAGCUUUUACUUUGUCAGUAAAGACCUUGGGAAGAUGGCGUAUGUCAGUAAAGACCCUCUGAAGGGCCGGGUUUAUCCUCCCCAUCUCUCUCUCUCUCUCUCUCUCUCUCUCUCUCCCUCUAUCUGUGUUCCUAAUGACUCGGAGAUUGGCGCCUAGGGUGGGCCAUGUCGAUGGGGCUCACAUUGCAGCUGUCUCCAGCUCUGUCACCACCCCAUUGCCAGCCCACACACAUUAUUCUCUGUACUUUCUAUCUCUCUCUCUCUCUCCCGCCAGAGCCAUUCCCCUUCAAGUCCGUGCCUAUGUAAAGAAGGCCCUCCUCCCGUUCCCUAAAUCUGCAAGCGGCGCAGAGAUUCUUCAGCCUCCACGCUCAAUGCAGCUCUAGAGAAAGAGAGACAGUAGAAAGAAAGGGAGGGUCUUACAAUGGGAGCUGGCGUCUUCUUCUCCGGCAUGUUCCAAUUGUUGGUCCUCACUUCCGUCCUGGUUGGAUGCGACGGCGCCGCUCCGUUGAAGGAGCGGCUGCUGCCCCACAGAUCGACGCAGCAGCAUCAGCAGCAGCAGCAGCUCGCCGGAUCGAAGAAGUACGAGGGAUCCUCCAACCUGGUCCACCUGCGGUACCACAUGGGGCCGGUCCUCACCUCCCCCAUCAACAUCUACCUCAUCUGGUACGGCCGCUGGAGCUCUGGCGAGCAGUCUACCAUCCGCGACUUCCUCCUCUCCAUCUCCGACGCCUCCGCUCCGCCGCCGUCCCUCCACCACUGGUGGUCCACCGCCGCCCUCUACACCGACCAGACCGGCGCCAACAUCACCCGCGCCAUCUCCAUCGCCCGCGAGCUCUCCGACCCCCUCCACUCCCGCGGCACCGCCCUCACCCGCCUCUCCAUCCAGCAGGUCAUCGCCGACGCCGUCGCCGCCCACCACCUCCCCGUCGACCACCGCAACGGCAUCUACCUCGUCCUCACGGCGCGUGAAGUCACCGUGCAGGACUUCUGCCGCGCCGUCUGCGGCUUCCACUACUUCACCUUCCCUUCCAUCGUCGGCCACACGCUGCCCUACGCGUGGGUCGGCAACAGCGGCGCGCAGUGCCCGCAGGAGUGUGCGUACCCCUUCGCUGUGCCCUCAUACAUGACCGGCACGGCGGCGCUACGGCCGCCCAACGGCGACGUGGGCGUGGACGGCAUGGUGAGCGUGAUCGGGCACGAGCUGGCGGAGCUCGCCUCGAACCCGCUAGUGAACGCCUGGUACGCCGGUGAGGACCCCACGGCGCCGACGGAGAUCGCCGAUCUCUGCGAGGGCGUCUACGGCUCCGGCGGCGGCGGCGGCUACAUGGGCCAGGUGCGGACCGACGGCAGCGGCAGGAAGUACAACGUCAACGGGAAGCGCGGCCGGAGGUUCCUGGUGCAGUGGCUAUGGAGCCCCCUCCUGAACGCCUGCGCCGGCCCCAACGCCAUCGACUAAACGAGCUCCGCUCCUUCCUUCUCCCCCGCUGCACUAGGAACCUCCGCCGAUGUAUCAUAAAUUUUGAAACUCGUAGAAGCUGGUUUUGAUCCUCCGCCGCUCUGGAAAAAAAUAACCGACGAUGAAAUCUGGUAAAAUCUUCCCGGAGAAGAUGGCGAUCGAAGGUGGGGCGGGGGGUAAAUCUGGCAGACAUUAAUGAGGAUUAAAUCCUCAGAUUUCCUUCUUGGUGUUCUUGGUAGAUGAACGAACAAGAGCAGUCCCACUCCGACAGCUUCCAAGGGGGUCGACUGGGAGCUCUCUACUACGUAUACCCUCUCCCCCUCGGUGCCCGACACGCUUGGUGGGGAAGUCAAUGACCCAUCAGAUGUGGAUGCUUCGGACGUUGACUGAUGUGACGUCAAUGUCGCGGGGGUAUUUUUAUUUUAUUCUGGACGGAGCUUAGCCUCUGCCCCCUAUCCCGGGUUCAUUGAGAUGAUCUUUCAGACAAAAAAAACGCCGGCACCUCUCAGACCGGAGAAAGAAGAAGCUGUGCCCCCCCCCCCUCCCAUUGACGGCAAGUCAAAUGCUGCAGAGAGAGCGGGCGGCGAGUUUAGUGCCUGGUUUCCAUUCAAACGGACAUUAUUGCGCACGUGCAGCCAGGACCGGUGAACGAUUAAAUACUCGCAAAGAAAAGUCCGAGAUAUGUUCGAAUUUUUAUAGGUCAAUUUGGUUUUAUUUAUCCUAUACAGAUUAAUUGAAUCAUUAAUUACUGAUAAUAUCUUGAAUAUUUUCAUUUUAUGUACGUUUUUUCCUGGAAAAUAUAAGAUUAUUCGCUGAGAGAGAGGGUUUGUGUAAUUUAGUAAUUUUACGCUUGAAAAUUAUAUAGAUAAAUAUUAUUUAAUUUAAUUAAUUAACUGUGAAGGGAAAAAAAGUAAUAAUCCAUUAAUUGUGCAUUAGAGAAAUUAUCGAUGUUUCAGAAAGUAGAAUUUUUCUUGGCGAAGAGAGCGGUUCUCUUGGCACCGUCCACCUGGCGGAGGAAGCCGUCAGCGCGCCACGUGGGUAACACCUGUCUGCCGAGGAGGCUGAACGAGCCCUCCGAGGCCGCCUACAAAGACACGCACAGUGAGGGCCGAGAAGCUCGCUCACAGCAUCUUGAGAGAGAGAGAGAGACAGCGGGCGAGAGAUGGCGGACGUAGGAGCGACGAGAGGCUGCAGCGGCACCUGCGGCUGCCCCAACCCCUGCCCCGGCGGCGAAGCCUGCAGGUCUUCCUCCAGCGACACCACGGCCAAUCUCCUCCCGCUGCUGCCCCGUCUCUCUUCCGCUCUCCUUUACUGACCCCCCCGGCCGCUCGGGCUGUUCCCCCUCCCCACAGGUGCGCCACCGGUGGCCGCGUCUCCGGCGCGCAGCACUCGGUGUGCUCUUGCGGCGAGCACUGCAGCUGCAACCCCUGCGAGUGCGGCAAGUCCGGCGCUUCCUCCGGCGCCGGUGUGGCCUCCUGCACCUGCGGCAGCUCCUGCCGCUGCGACUCCUGCGCGUCCUGAGAGGUGCCGCACCGUGCCGCGCAAAUAAGGCACCCUUCUCCUCCCUCUCUCGCCGGUGCCGUAGAACCUUUGGCCCGACGCUGUACCGUCGGCUCAUCUUACUUCUCGUGUUCCCUCUGUAACGACCAUAAUCUCUGGUAGAUACUGGAAGGAAUACCUCUCUUCAUUCACGCGAAUAAGGCAUCCUCCUCCUCCUCCUCCUCCCUCUCCCGCCGGUUCCGUAGAACCUCUGGUCCGACGCUGUGCCGUCGGCUCAUCUUACUCAGCUUGCUCUCUCUGUAACGACUAUAAUCUCUAGUAGAUUCUGGAAAGAAUACCUCUCAUAUUGAGGGGGGGUCGAUGACGUGUAAUGGGGCUGAUAGGGGACGCAUCGUCGCUUUUAAGGGGGCUUUCUGCAUGCCACGUGCGCGUUCUCCGGUCUAUAAAUAGAUUUCUCCCGCGUGGUUCGUUGUCUCCUCGUUUCUGGUGCUAGAUGUUGAGGCUUCAGAUGAGGGACGCAGGGAGAGGUGUUUGUGAAGAAGCUUGUCGGCGAGGCCUACGGAGAGGUAAUGGCGGUUUGCUCUGCUUUGAUCGAUAAAUUUCCUGCUGCUCUGCGUUUCCUCGUAGAUGUGCUAGGGAGAGAGAGAGAGAGAGAGAGAGAGAGAGAGAGAGAGAGAUGAUCGCUAUUUUUAGCUGAAGCAGGAUCGAAGUAUGCCAACUUGUACGGUGUUCUUCCCCCUCUGAUUCUUGCUCCGUUGCAUCGCGACAGAUAGAUCUCUUGAUAGCAAUUUUUACCAGAAACAGCAUCAAAGCACCUCAACUUGCACAGUGUUCUUCCUCUUCUCGUUCCGGCUUCCUCGCAUAGCGACAAAUCUUUUGUUUUCGCCUCUCACGUUUUCUUCGUCGUUUAAUAGUCUUCUUGUUCCGCCGAGCAACAAGUGCCAGGUUAGACAUGUCUCUCGACCCUGCCCCUGCUCUCCGGAUCCUCAUUAUUCGGGUUUCUUCCCCUUUCAUUCUCUGUCGUUUCCUGCUUUGUGCUCUUGGCAUGCGAAGCAAGCCCCACGUUAAUUGCGAACACAGCUUCUGUUUUCCCCGGUAUCGCCGUCGCCGACUACAGGCCGUUUCUAUCUAUAUACCGCAUCAGGUUAUCUCCGACAGAAAAUUUCCUCUUUACGUCGCUUUCCCAUCGUAGAGAUGGAAGCCUCCGGUGGCAGCAACGCAGGAGACACUGUUUCCUGGGAAGUGUAGAAAUGGCCUGGCGUCUGUCUCUUCAUCCGGCGUAAGGCGGAGACUAUUCAACCAGUGGCAAAGAGCUUCCAAGGAGAGGGAGACGUUAGGACCUGUGGAUUAGAGCUGAGGUGGCUUCGAAUCUCAACGAUCACGUGCAGAGCGUGGCGCUGUGCAGGGAGGAGACCUAUCCUCGAGGAAAGUGCACUCGAGAUCCGCAAGGGGCGCAUGAGAAGGGUCGACCUGUUUCAUUCUCAGAAACGUCGUGCGCUGAGUUAGCGCCCUUGUCUUCAUGCGGAAUGUCGGAGGUUAGGUCAAGGCGGCGAUCUGAGCGUUAGGUGAAGCAACGUGUUCUCGAGGGAAGACGAACCGGGUCAUCGUUGAGACUCUUGCAGAUCCAAUUUAUCUCCUAGCCCUUUUUUAAUAAAUUAUAAUCCAACAUUGUCAUAUAAUACAGGAAAAUACUGAAAUAUACAGAGCAGAAAUAAUUGAAACGAUGCCUAGAUGUAUAAAUACACUGCAACAGAUUCGUAAAAUCACCUCAAAAUUGGACUAAUUAUGAAGGAAAAAAUGCAUGAAUUUUCACGACUGAUCUAUGAAUUCACAUGGGACACGGAGUACAACAGGGAAGAUUAUUUGCUAUUAUAUUAUUUACACCAAAAAAAUGAGGCCAUAAAAACUGACUUUUUCUGUACAUACCCACCCACCAACCCUUCUUUCCCACUCUUCUGCGCCCCUCAGAGAGAGAGAAUAGCAGAGGCAAUAGUUGUCUGCUCCGGCCAUUCGAUCUUCACAUCAGCAAGAUAAUGCCCAAGGAAUCGGACCUCAUCAGAAACAUUAAUCGGCAAUUGUCCGUGAAUUCUGCAUUGAGCACUAACCUUUCCGCAUAUGAGGUAGGAACCUGACAGUUCCUCUAUUUUAAAUGCAGAAGAUCAUGCGGGCUUCGGAUUAAAGAAGCGGUGACGUCCAGAUGAGCUGAAAGUGAUAGCAGCAAUGGAUAUAACUACGGAUUCCCUUUCGCUUGCCGCACAGGUAUUUUGCCUUCAAUACCAGACUCUCUUUCUUGCAACUUCCCCUUAUGGACUGUGAGAGUAUGUCUCGACCUCUGGCAGUCCACAGCAAAAUUGAGGGAAAUAAGGAUGCCAGCUUGCCUUUUCUGCUCGGCAAACAGACGAGCACCUUGAUGAUAAAAUGCCAAUGGCUAUUGUCACCGGCAGCUAAGAUUGAAAAUCAAGGUUUUCACGUACAAUCUUUCAUCUUAGGUUGCUUCUGUGAAGAAUUUUCACGCUUCUAUUCCGCAAAUCCCCUUGUUCCUUUAUUGACCACAGUGUCUGCAGUACAUCCUCAGCUGUUUCCUCAUCAGGCAGUUCUGUGCUCAUCUGAAAAAGAGGUACUGAUGCUGGAGGGUUCCACAUUAUCCCGUCAUUCCUCUUCUGUCUUGAUAGGGUUUCCACCUUACUCCCAACAACAUUGACAACCAUUGCUUCCCUGUCGAUGUGAAUGAUACUAUCUAUAGUCAUUUCUGUUUCAAUCACCCACACGACAUCAGCAACGCCAAGGAAGCCAGGUUUCCCCAGACCCACCAGAGCAGAACACAAGACGAUCACUACUAGUCUCUCAGUAAUGAUGAUAAAUUUUCCAUCCUGUUUAAGGCCUCUGCACUUGAUAAAUAUCUCAUCCUUGAACCUGGAGCUAUCAGCUUCUAAAAGCAUCGAGACACCGAUAGCUUCUUCCCAAGAGUAUGGGGACAAGGGCAAGUCUCUGGCUAGAGGCCUUGGCAGUCGGGUACGGAAGCGUUUGGAUUGGUGAGGGCUACUUCUUUUCCUGAUGCUUUGUGCUGCUUUUCCAGUUGUUUCAAGAAUGCUGGCCAUCGGCCUUGCCACCAGUCCAGCAGUGCCUAGGACUAUCCCUGCAGAAAUAAAAUUAUAGCAAGUUCAGCGAGAUGAAUGCGGAUUUAUGCUGUUAUUAUAUUGAUAAAGAAAUUCUUUUCUACCCUCACCUGAUACAACUCCAGGAAGCCCAUGUUUCUCAGCACCCCUUAUGGGGGAUUGAAGAAGUCCAGUUAGACCCUGAAACAUUAGAAGAAAAAAAUAAAAUUGAGAACAUAGAAUUGAUUAUCAAUGUUGACCUUAACACUUCUUUUACGUUUGGAAAUAAAUGAAUCAGAUAAUCAGGGAAAAAAAAUAAAAUUGAGAACAUAGAAAAAUAAAUGAACGAUUUAAGUUUGGAAAAACAGGGAAUCAGAGACAAUGUGCAUUCAAAUACCUCCAAAAAUUCAUUUAAUAUGCCUUUAGCAUGAGAAUCAUGAUCAUUAUGCUGUCUUUCCAUUUUGCCAGCAACCUGCUCAUCGAAGGUUAAAGCAACAAUGCCCUGAAAGGAAAAAAACAAAAAUAUCUCAUGGCCCAGAAUCCGGAUUAAAACAUUUUCUGAUUUAUAAAGAUAAAGGAGGGAAAUAGAGUACCUUGUGGACGGCUUUACUGAACUGUGAAGCAGCACUGCUCAUGGCAUAGAUAGUAUUGCCGAGAAGACUUUUUGAGCCUUGUGCCACUCCAGUUAUAAGUCCAGUGGGGCUCUGCAUGGACACUAUUAAUGUCACUCCUGUUGUGAUACGGACGAUAAACACGGAAAUGUGAACGACUAUAGCAGACCUGGACAAUGCCCUUUGAAGAAACUGAGAGGAAAUCUUUGAUGCCAAUCCCAACGUUUCUUGCAAAACCCAUAGGAUUUCCUAUCAAACCAGCAGAACCAAAUACCUAUGGUGCAUACAAAGGAAAUCUAGAAGUGAGAACAAUCUUUUUCUGGGUAAAUUGGUCAACGAACAAUAUAUUAUUCUGUACAAUGAUUUUGAACGAGCUAAAAGUCUGAACAUAAAUGCUACUUAACCUUGAAGAUGAAAGGAUAAACACUUUUUUUUCUUCAUAAUGUACCUUUAGAAAAUUGUAGUGAUGAUCUCACCUUGUAUAUCUCAUGCAGAAGCUGCUUUGUAUAAUGCCUGGCGACAAUUUCUUGAAUCGACUCUCGACUAGCCAUGAAAUUGGUGAGAACCAGCUCUUUAAGAUGAAACGGUACACCUUCGACAUCCACGAGGGCCAUCAGACCUCUCUGCGAACAAAUAGUGUUGUGAGCAUCUCAAUUCAACAACAAAGGUGAGCAAAACAUUGUACCUUCAAAAAUGAUUUAUUUUCUCCGUUAGUUACUUUUAGUGCCGAAAAUUUUCGAGCCCAGAAUUUUAUUCAUUGAAACAUAGAAUUAAUAGGAAUGACCAUAGUUAACAAUUUAGGAAGCUUUCAGGGGUUACCUAGUGGGGAGGCUUUUUCAUAAAUACGUAAUCUGGGGGUCAAAACUUACCCUUCAAUUUUAAUUCAAUGCAUGUUAAUUUAGUAAUUCGUUCUCAGCAAGAAAUAAGAUAACGUUUUCCAACAAUUAGUCCCUGAUUCACUUAUCAGUGAGAGGGGUGACAACUGUUAGUCAAAGAAACUGAAUGAGUUUUUUCUUAUAUUCUGGGCCAAGCUAAUACCAUUUUUCUUCAAAAACUUGAGACAGCUUCUUAUGAUGUCUUUCAAUUCAGUUGGGUUCUACUCUACAUCUUGAAGAAUAGGAGGAAUUAGGCCUGAACUUCGGGAAACCACAUCUGAAUUUUAAAAUCUUGAAAACAAUAGAAACUAGGCCCACCUGAAAUGCGAUACUUCUGACAUGAAAAAAAGAUUCUGCUUCCAAUAAAUCUUCCUUCCGCAUCAACCAGGGGUUGCUUGAAAAACUUCAAAGAAGUGUGCCGACACAAGUUAAAAAAAAAAGCGACACUUGCAAAGAUAGCCACCGUACGAGAAUGGCAUGAAGUUAAAAAGAAAAUAGAAGCACUUACCUUACAGUUAAGCUAACAGGAGCCAAUUCGAAUGCUUCAAUAUAUAUCUUUUUCUGAUGCCUAGCUAAGAGAGAUAUCCGCUGCCAUGGAGCUCCGAUUGGGACCACAAAAGGCAAGGGACUAGUGUACCGCUCUACAAAUCUGGCUUCCUUGUAGGAAUGGAACUGGCGCGAAGUCAUGGACAUACCAUAAAUCUCACCAUCUACAUCCUCGGGCAGGUGAUUCUUGUAGCCUUGAUCAUGCUCCAGGGUACAGAGCUCUGAGUGUUGAUUCUUCAGAAUCCCAUUCUCCAAGCUUGAUGAUACAGAUCUUAGAAAGGCAAGAAAUUGUAGAAGGACCAGUUCUUCAAGCUCAAUAGUGAGGGGUGCCACUCUGAAACACGAUAAGAACAUUCGAUUAUUCAAGAAUCAGAUAAAAGUUUUUUUUUUUUUUUCAGACUUGUGGUGAAAGGGCUACCUUAUAUUGAAAUAUUCAAAGGAAACAAAUGAGGUCUCCUUCCUCCAUUUUGAUGCAGCAAAGUAGAGGUCUGAUUCAUGCGUGUCCUCACAAGAGGCAGACAUCAUAUCAUCCAUCCGUAUCCUCAAUAUGCUAUCCUGAUUCCUUAAGCCGGAGGGACUACCUCCAUGAUCAUGAUCAAAUGAGAGAAGAAUAGGAUACGGAGCAUUGGGCAGUUGAUUAUCAAUUUGCAGUGAUACCAUCUGAAAGGACAUCUUUUGCUUAUCUGAGCUCUGCAUUAAAGUCACUGUUGUCUCCUUUGCAGUUGCAUAAACGAGUUCCUACAGUAAGUCACAAGCUAUGAGUAUGCGAAGGAAACAAGCAUCUAUUAUGCCUAUUUAGGACGAGAAUGGCUUCUCUUCAGGUACCUGCGGAGAAGAGUUAAUCAACGAGAUCCCUAUGAAGGGAAGGUGCAGUAUCAUCCUCUCACUAAAAUCGACAUUCCUCUCUUCCUGCUGACUUAAUUUUCUCUUCCCUUUUGUUCCAAGAGAAUCAAUAUCUCUCAAACUAUGAUACCGCGAAUCGAUGAUGCUGAGAACCUGUAAGCACCAAAAGAGGCUCAUUCAUUAGAGUUCUACAAUCACAUAUUUUCUGGCCGGGAAAAAGACUAGACACGGUGAGGAACCUUAGUUGCUCCCUCUGCACGUACAGCUACAAAGAACCUUCUUUCAGGUUUCUGCACAGAUGAUUAGGGACAAAUUAUAUACACAAAUUGAAGAGAGAAACAGUAAUUUUCUAAUGUAAGUAGAACCCUAAUUUUUAAACAUAGUAGAUCAACUAGUAGUAGUGAAUUCGUUCGUUGUUGGAAAAGGACAGCUUACAAACAUACAUGCUAAGCCAUCAGCAUCAACAAAUACUUGAAAUGUCAGAGAGAUAAAGGGGGAAAUAUUCACGGUUUCCAUAUUUACCUCAGAUGAGGAUGGCAAGAAGACUGGUGGGUACUCCUUCACAUCAUCUAGAUUAUAAGUUCCCAGAACAUGCUCCCCAGGCACCUAGUUAAGGGAAGAAUGAGAAUUCCCGAAAAAUAUUUUUUUCUUCAGGGAAUAUAAAAGCAGGAAGAAGGAUGAACCAUACUUCAACAAUAAGACGAUGAGGGCAGCAAGGCUCAUCCCAAGCAUACUGGCAAGAUGAAUAGGAAUGCACCAUGAUUUCAGCUGUUUCACAUUUCUGCUGGUAGAUUCUUAGGCUCUGUAAAAUAUGGAUACCCAUCGUAAAUGAGAAAUAAGGACAGGGAUAGGAGAACGAUGAUCAACAUAGACAAAGAGGUGAAUGGAUUAUAUAAUCUGAAAAUAGAUAACUACUUCAUCCAGAUCUGGAGAAAUUAAUCUACCAAACAAAUGGUGAAUAGAAGCACAAAUAAAACCUCACGUUUUUUAUUUUUUAUUUUUUACAAAUAUAGAUUAUAGACUUUUGUUUCAGCAGUCAGCAUCCCCUCCUGAACUUCUGUAUGCCAUGGUUGGUAGCUUAAUUAGAAUAUGCAUAUCUUCCUUAUCUGAUGGUGUAAUGCCUGCUUGGUGCCUGAUGUACCCAUAAUAUUUUCCAGAAUCCAGUUAUCUGCUGUGGAAGAUUGAGUUCAUGUCAUGUUACUAUUGACAAUUUAUAUCAAUAGAUUCUGUGAAAAUGACUUACAUGUUGUCUUGCAGGAUUCUGCACCUUUUUUAUAUUUUCCAUAUGAGGGACAUGCCAGAAAAAAUCCAUAGUGAAAAAUGAAACUACCUCGAGUGGUUAAAUAUAGGGGGCUCACUGCAAUUGCACUGGGGACAGGUGGUUCAAUUCCUUACCAAAAACUUGGAUAGAUCAACAGAGUUCGAUGUUUCCACAUAUAGGAUCAUGAAAAGUUGCGCAAAAUAACGAUUUUAUAGUUAGAGAUGGUUGAAAGAUGGAACGAUUACAAAAUUUAUUAUAAUGAAAAACUAGGUAGAUCUUGCCCUUUAGCAAAGUUGCUCACUGAGUAGAGUAGCAUCUCCCUCCUCGUAGGAUGCAGUGAAGCUAUGUGCUGCAUGUCCAUUGUAAGCACAGUCACUUAUUCCAGUGAACCAUCUAAAACUAGGUAGAUCUUGCCCUUUAGCAAAGUUGCUCACUGAGUAGAGUAGCAUCUCCCUCCUCGUAGGAUGCAGUGAAGCUAUGUGCUGCAUGUCCAUUGUAAGCACAGUCACUUCUUCCAGUGAACCAUCUCCCUCUGUUUCCUUUGGUAAUUCAUCAGUUUCCUUUUUUGCCAAGGUGGUCCUGCUAACCGUAUAUUACGCCAACUCUUCCUAGAGAGAGCCUUGACGGCGGAAGUUCCUGGUGGAAGUUCCCUUUAUUUUGUACCAAAGAUGGUUUCAAGAGUCAAAUAAUAUAAUUAUGGACCUCAUUUUUUGUGAGUAAUUUUUUUUUGAUAUAUCCUCUUUAACAACAAAAAAGGAAAACUAAUUUUAGUGAAGGGGGUCUUUGCCUUAUAUCUGAGUCUGUCCAAGAGAGAGCCCAUCAAUUUUUAGUGUCUUAUGCAAAGAAACCAUGUUUUGAGUGGGAAAAGAACAGAAGAAAAAAAAUACAGCAUCAACAUUAG